CGGCAGCCGCGGAGCUGAGCGCCUUCACUCUAUCUGUCGCCAUUGGAGUACCUCAAGCGAGGUCCACAGAGGCCGCCGUCCCCGGUGGGGCAUUAUUCCACAGCUCCGGACACCUCUGGGUACUUAGUUAUUACGGCUCUUGCCCUUUGACCUCGCUUUCGCGGCAGGGUGAGAGGUCGGUGGCCAUCUUGUGGCGGCGGCGCGGGCGGCUGUUACUGCGGAGACCUGUCCCCUCCCUCUUCACUACUGUGGCCGUCUGUCAGUCAGUAAAAGAGUCCGGUGGUUUCUCAGGUGAGGCUCUGGCCUCGUGCAGUCGCACUUUCCGCCGUUCUCGGCGGCCCAGGCCGCUCUCUGCAGGGCCUCAUCGCCGCCACCAUGUCCUCCUUCUCCGAGUCGGCUCUGGAGAAGAAGCUCUCUGAGCUGAGCAACUCUCAGCAGAGCGUCCAGACCCUGUCCCUGUGGCUCAUCCAUCACCGCAAGCACGCGGGGCCCAUCGUCUCCGUGUGGCACCGCGAGCUCCGCAAAGCCAAAUCAAAUAGAAAGCUUACUUUUCUAUACUUAGCGAAUGAUGUCAUACAAAACAGUAAAAGGAAAGGACCUGAAUUCACUAGAGAAUUUGAAUCUGUCCUUGUGGAUGCUUUUUCUCAUGUUGCCAGAGAGGCAGAUGAAGGCUGUAAAAAACCUUUAGAAAGAUUGCUGAACAUCUGGCAAGAAAGAAGUGUGUAUGGCGGCGAGUUCAUACAGCAGCUGAAGCUGUCUAUGGAGGACUCCAAGAGCCCUCCCCCCAAAGUAACUGAAGAGAAAAAAUCUCUGAAGCGAACUUUUCAGCAGAUACAAGAGGAGGAGGAUGACGACUACCCUGGAAGCUACUCCCCGCAGGAUCCUUCCGCGGGACCCCUAUUGACUGAGGAACUAAUUAAAGCUUUGCAGGAUCUGGAAAAUGCUGCAUCAGGGGAUGCUACUGUUCGACAGAAAAUUGCUUCAUUGCCCCAGGAAGUGCAAGAUGUUUCUCUAUUGGAAAAAAUAACAGACAAAGAGGCAGCUGAACGUCUUUCAAAAACAGUGGAUGAAGCAUGUCUGUUACUAGCAGAAUAUAACGGGCGCUUGGCGGCAGAACUGGAAGAUCGACGCCAGCUGGCUCGGAUGUUGGUGGAGUACACCCAGAACCAGAAAGAUGUUUUGUCAGAAAAGGAGAAAAAACUAGAAGAAUAUAAACAGAAGCUUGCUCGGGUAACUCAAGUCCGCAAGGAACUGAAGUCCCAUAUUCAGAGCUUGCCAGACCUCUCUCUGCUGCCCAAUGUCACAGGGGGCUUGGCCCCCCUGCCUUCUGCUGGUGACCUGUUCUCAACUGACUAGGACAGAUGUCAUGUGGCCCCAGAUUCCCAUCUGUACCAGCAGGAGGAAGAGGGUUCGAGUCAUGGUUGGAAACAACCUUCUAGCCCCUGCUUCUGUCCCUCCUUCCACCUGGCCCCCUGCCUUCAAGAAGAAACCACAGACUCUGAUUCUCUUCUCCAGCUUCUCAUGUUGAGCACAAUUCAGAACAGUGAGGAGUGGAAUCCAGUUUAGAUUCUUAUUUGGAAAGAAUAUAAGCUCUUUCUCCCACUUCAUGUUUUCAGGCCCCUGUUGGUUUUCCAUUCUUAAGAGCUCUCUCUUCACACCUAAGAAGUUACAAAAAUCAUGUGCACUUAGAAGCUUUCAACAGAACAUUUGUUCUUCAUGACAGCGUUUACUCAUGAAAGGAGCUUUUCCUUUCUGAGCUGGGCUUAGUUCAAGUUAGCUACAGAAUUCCACUGAGGGACUCACUCUGGAUCCGUUGGCUUUCCUGGGUACCACCAUCCUCUAAAGGUUGGAGGCACAACUGUUGAGCAGCUUUGCCAUAAAGAGUUUGCCAAAUCUUUGGUCCUCCCUUACCAUUACUUCUACUAGUGAUGUACAAGGUUAGGAACAUUUAUUUUGUAAGCAGACUAUAGAAUUUAGCAAUAAGAUCCAAAGUUGAUCUGGGCAUAUGAAGUCACAGUUCAGAGACAAUAACAGGGAUUACAAACAUGAGUUAAAAAACAAAUUAUUUGCUUCAAGCUCCUACAUACAACCUUCCCAGGCUGCACUUAUUAAGGGUCCUACCCACUGUGUCAUAGAGCACAUUCCUAAAUACAUGAUCCUUUGAUCCCUAUCAAUUGAGAAGGCAGUUAUUGGAAACUGUACUGAUGGGCCCCAAAAGGUAAAGGCUUCACACACAGGUAUGCCAAGGGUCUGGGCUCUGCAUGGGUGUUGCUUUGACCCUUUUGUUGGG